UACCAAAGAUCUUAUGCAAAAUAUAUCCUCACUCAUAUUAAUAAAUCAGGAAUUAUGCCUAAAGUAAAAAAUUCUUUAAAAAGUGAUUUGAAGCUAAAAUACCCACCAGAUUUGAGUGUAGAUGGUUUGCUGGAAAAACUACGAAAGAAUAAUCCUUCAAAACCCGGGAAAAUUCCAAAUUGUUUUCUUAUCUAUAGAAUCUUAUGGGUUGAAUACCUUAAAACAGAGUGUACUAAAUUAAAUUUAGCUGAAGUUUCUGGAUUUGUUUCAAACAAAUGGAAGAACGAAAAACCGGAAGUAAGAGAGUUUUAUAAACGAUUAUCCACUCAAGCCGUUUCAACUCCAUUUGAAAUUACUUCAUUUAAUUCCUUAACUCAACAAAACCAACAAAUUCAACAAACUCAACAAACUCAACAAACUCAACAGCAACAACAAUUAAAUUUACCACU